CGCUCUGGCUGGGCUGCCGAGCACAUUCUUCGUGCCUGCUCGAACAUGUGGCUCUCACGCAGUGUCAGUUGUCAGCUGUGCGGUCGGAGUCGGGAAGGCUUUCUUUUUUUUCCUUUUUUUUUUAGUUGGGAACUUUCAAGCAAGUGAAGUGAGUCAGUUAUAGCGCGGCACGAGGGAGGACGCCACCCAGCCCCGCCGCUGGGAUCCUGCGCGUGGAGCUUCUGCCCGCUUCUCCUCUGAGGACUCGGCAGCUCAGCGAAGAGCGACUUCUCUCUCGGGGAUUUUACUUGUUUCACCUUCACCCAUUUCCACUCAUUCACACACACGCACACACACACGCACACACGGGAUGGUUGUUGUCGUCGUCGUUCGGACGCGGCUUUUUCCUCUUUGGGAUUAACAGCAGCGGAGGAGACAUGAAAGUGACGGUGUGUUUCGGGAGGACGCGCGUGGUCGUUCCGUGUGGAGAUGGGAACGUAAAAGUGCAAAGCCUUAUCGAACAAGCAGCCAUGAGGUAUAAAAAGGCCAUUGCAAAGGACCCCAGCUACUGGGUUCAGGUCCACAGACUGGAGCAUGGCGAUGGAGGCAUUUUGGACCUUGAUGAUAUGCUGUGUGACGUGGUAGAUGACAAGGAUAGGCUGGUUGCAGUGUACGAAGAGCAAGAUCCACACAAUGGAGGGGACGGAACCAGCGCCAGCUCCACGGGAACGCACAGCCCAGAACCGUUUGCCAGCGAGAUGAAUUCGGCGUCAGCAUUCCAGCCCUACCAAGCUGCAAGCGAGAUCGAGGUCACAACAUCUGCUCUGCGAUCAAGCAUGUCGCUGAAUGUCCGUCGAGGCAGCGAUCCCUCGUUGGCUGACCUGCCUCCAGGUGAGGCUCUGGUUGGUCAAGACGAACCGUCAAGAAAGAACCCGACUCGCUGGUCCACAACUGCUGGUUUCCAGAAGUACAACAACAAGCCAAACCCUCGGGGCGCCUCAAGCACCCUGGAACAACAGGGCAGGGGUGCCCAAGCCUAUCGGAGUCUUCCUCGUGACGCGAGUGGCUGGAUUGCUCAGUUUCACAGAGACAUGCUUCGUUCUUCCCUUAGUGCCAACCACCCUAUGGUUGACCAGUGGCUUGACCAGCAGGAACAGGAGGAGGAAGAAGCAGAGCAAAGAAAAAACGAAAGGAGGAUUGAGCGAAUCGAGCCUGUAGGGAGGGCCGACUCUUCACUGGACCGUUCACCUGUGUUAAGUCUUGAAAGCAUGCUCAAGCCGGUCGAAGUGUCCAAUGAAGGAGGGCCCCUGGGGAUCCACGUAGUUUCUUUCAGUUCACAUGACGUUAGGACUCAGGGCUUGCUGGUGAAACGCUUGGAGCCUGGAGGAAAAGCUGAGCACGAGCGUCUCUUCCAGGAAAACGACUGCAUCGUCAGGAUUAAUCAGGGAGACAUUCGCAACCUGCGCUUCGAACAAGCUCAGAACAUUUUCAGGCAGGCGAUGGGUUGCCCGGUCAUUCUUUUCCAUGUGGUUCCUGCCUCCAUGAAGAGACAAUAUGAAAUGCUUUCGGCCCAGAACGAGCUCAGUUCACCCCAGUCAACGAGGGUCCGCUUUAGCCAAGACUCCCAGCAUCCAGGGGACCGGUCGAUUCUGGAUGCAGGGACGUCGUCCAGAUCUAGGCAACAAGAGGCCGUCCACCUCGAUCACCAAGGUCCUCUGGCAGGAAGCACCCCAGAACCAAGUCGGCGGUAUGCCACCUUACCCCAUGCCGUACCUCACCUCAUAAUCUCCAGGACUCCCUCAGCGCCUUCCCCCUCCCUGCAGCGCAGAAUAAGCACAACUCCGUCCAACAGCUCCUACCUAAAGAAAAAAGGACGCAGCUUCAACAUCCAGCUGAAGAAAGGUCCAGAGGGUCUCGGUUUCAGUAUCACCUCCAGAGACGUCCCUAUUGGAGGAAGUGCUCCCAUUUACAUCAAAAACAUUCUCCCUCGAGGCGCUGCCAUCCAAGAUGGACGACUGAAAGCUGGAGACCGGCUGUUGGAGGUUAGUGGAGUAGACCUGAAUGGAAAGAGCCAGGAGGAAGUGGUAGCCCUGCUUCGAGCCACACCCAUGGACGGGACGGUGAACCUGUUGGUGCUUCGUCAGGAGGACCUACUUCUGCCACGAGAAGUGAAACAGGACAAUGACACGGUGCUAACCCCGGACGGAACACGAGAGUUUCUGACGUUUGAGGUCCCUCUGAAUGACUCGGGCUCCGCUGGCUUGGGGGUCAGCGUUAAGGGGAACCGCUCCAAGGAGAACCAUGCUGAUCUGGGCAUCUUUGUGAAAUCCAUAAUUCAUGGAGGUGCUGCUAGCAAGGACGGACGUCUUCAAGUCAAUGACCAACUAAUUGCAGUCAAUGGGGAGUCGCUGCUCAGGAUGACCAAUCAGGAUGCCAUGGAGGCGCUUCGGAAGUCCAUGUCAGUAGAGGGCAACAAACGUGGGAUGAUUCAGCUCAUCGUGGCCCGGCGGUUGAUUAAGGACAGCGAGGACGGUUCAGGAAUGUCGGAGCUUCCUGUACAUGCGCCUUUGGACGACGAUGAAGAUCAACUCUCUCAGUCACUCUACGAAACGAUUGACUGCCAGGACAACAUGCCUGCAUCACGCGCUAGCAUACAUGCACACAACGGCCUCUACCAGCUCUCUCCAACUGUGAACAUGCCACAAGACGACACGGUGAUGAUUGAGGACGAUAGGCCGCCCCUGCUUCCAGCCAACCUGUCUGACCAGUCGUCCUCCAGUUCCCACGACGACAUGGGCUUUGUGGGAGAAAACCCGGUUGCCUGGAUACGUGAGAUGCCCAAUCAUAAUGAAUGCUCUCUGAGUCCGGACGCAGAACCCGAUGUUUCCUUCCAGAGGGAGGGCUUCGCCCGCCAGAGUAUGUCAGAGAAGCGCACCAAGCAGUACGACAGCCCGGCUCAUCUGGACAUCAUCAAGAACCGCAAGUCCAAAAGCAUGGAUCUUGGUUUUGAAGAGCGACAUGUCAGCUCUUCCCCGCGUCUAAAAAAGUCCACCUCCAUGGAGAGUCUCCAGAAAGAUGCCCACGACGUCAUCGCGGGCGACGAGCUCAACGUCCAGAGGAUUCAUCCACGCAUCAUCAGGGGGAGAGGCUGCAACGAGAGCUUCCGGGCGGCAAUCGACAAGUCAUAUGUGAAACCUGGUCUCAUACCAAGGGAAGAAAACAGCGUGGAGACAUUGGAUGAAGACACAGAGGAGAGCUACCGGUCAGGCCUCGAGUCGAUGUCCACGAGCGGCGACCUCAGCCUAGGCGGCGGGCUGGUUGAUGACAAACAGAAGGACGGUGCCCUGGGCGGGCCGAAGGAAACCAAGAGCGUGGACAAGGAGAAAGACAAGGACAAAAACAAACCAAAGAAGGGUGUGCUGAAGGGCCUGGGUGAGAUGUUCAGGUUUGGAAAGGGCAAGAAGGACGAGGACAAGGUGGAGAGAAAGAGCUCAAGAAGAUCGAAAGCUGAAGAUAUGCAAGCAUAUGAAGAUGAAACCAUCCAAAUGAAGCAGGAACAGGAAAGAAUCCAGGCCAAAACGCGGGAAAUUCGGGAGCGGCAGGUGAAGGAGCGGGAAUAUGCUGAGAUCCAAGACGUCGUCAGCCGCACCUUCAGCUCAGACGAGGAGCACACCUACGCCGGCAUCGGGUCGCUGGGCUCGUCUCAAGACAGCGGCAGCACCGACCCCUACGGCCACCACUACCACCUCCCUCAGAGCCCGCAGAGCCCUCGAUCCCCCGUCAACCCACAGCGCAACGGACCGCCUCUGGAGGCGCUGUACGCCCAGGUCAACAAGCACCGCAACGGCCGACCAGCGGCACCCGACAGCAGUCAGAUGGCUCCCAGCAACCAUGACCGGAUACAGAGGCUGAGGCACGAGUUCCAGCAGGCCAGGCAGGGGGAGGAGCCAGAGGAACAUCAGAGCUCCUACAGCUUCGACCAGUCCUGGGUGAGCAACGGGACCGAGACGCCGAGCGGACGCCACUCUGCCACAGCCGAGACUCAGCAGCAGCAGCAGCAGCAGCAGCAAGAAGACGGAGACGGUUUCCAACAGGCGCCGAAGCAGUACAACUCUCUGCCACGGCAACCUCGAAAGAACCCCAGCAUGGCGUCCCAGGAUUCCUGGGAGCGGUCCUACCCACCGUCCGAGGGAUUCCAGACGCCCAAAGAGAACGCCCGGCUCUCCACGGGUCCGGGCCCUCGCAACGGCUUCCCGGGGAAACCCAGCCUGAACGCCCGGGUCCUGCUGGAGACCCAGGAGCUGCUGAGGCAGGAGCAAAGGCGGAGAGAACAGGAGGCCAGCAAAACCCGAGCAGCUCUCGCGCAGGAGGCCGCUAACAGCAGCAGCGGCUCCGGCGCCGGCGUCUACCACCACAGCCAGGCCUCAACCCCAGGCCACGCCCCAAACCACACCCCAAACCACACCCACACCUCACAGCGGUCCAAAGGCCCCUACAGGCAGGAUGUUCCUCCAUCACCCACACAGCUGGCCAAACUGGGCCACCGUCAGGGCUCAGAGAAGGGACGGUUUUUAUAUUCCCGAGGGCAGGAGGGAACGGGAAGAGAUCCGAACAAGCAUUUACACAGCAUGAACGCAAAGUAGGCAACGAGUCUGCUUUUAUAUACUUAGGUAAAAAAAAAAAGUAUUGAUCGGUUAUAAAUUUGUAAUAUUUUAAAGACAGAUUUUUUUAAAUAAUAUAAAAUUCAUAGUUGUUUUUUUUUUUUAGCUGUAACAAAAGUAAAUCAGAGAGGUUAACUGUUUCAUAUAUUUUGUAUAAAGUGCCUUUCUUCUCUUUGUCACCCAUCCAUCCAUCAUAUAAGGUCAAACACAGAUGUUUUGUACCCUCCGCACUGCAAAAACACUCAAUCUUACCAGGUAUUUUGUCUUUUUUGUAUAAUUUCUAGAUAAGACAAAACUAACUUAGAAGUAGCUUUUCAGCUACAUAUAGGAACUUGUUUUAGUUCAAUAACUCUUGAAUGACAAAUUAUAAAACUUCUUGAUAGAAGUGAAAUAAUCUGCCAGUGGAAUUCUGCCUGUCACUGAAAUAAGUUUUUCUGGGCGAUAAAUUGUCCUGGGAGUUAUCGCGAUAAACAAUAAUAUUGCUGUUUUGAUACCUUUUUCUCAAAGAUCAAUGAACUUUACAUUCUAAUGAACUAUUAACAUUGGAACUGGAAUAUGUUUUAAAUAUGCAAAAUAAUAACUAUAGUAAUAAUAAUAAAAAAAGAAACAAAUAAAGUGAGCGAAAUUGUCCUUCAAAAUAUCAAUUAGUUGAGACCAAAGCAGCAGACUGAAGACUUUGGUGAUUCAGUUUUUGGUUAAAAAGAAAAGAGAGAAAAUGGAACAAUGAUAAAUCAUGCAGAUGGAAAUUAUCAAGUUCGUUUUAAUUCACAAUGUGAUAUAAGACUUUGUCGCUUUAUUGUGACAGGCCUCACUAGAACUUGCACUUUCAUUUGUCUGUAGUGUCCAAACGUUUUGCUCUGGGAGCCAAAAGUUGCAAAUUUUAACUCGUAUUUCAUUUCAUUAAUAUUGAAUAUGACAAAAAUUGUUUAUUGUGAUUUUUUUUGAUUUUUUUUGUUAUAUCUUGCUCGAUAAAAUCUUUUUUAGUGAACUCUACAAAUCCAUUCAGAUCAAAAACACAAACAAAAAAUUCUUUUCGUUGCCUUUUUCAAAGCAAGACUGACAAUUUCCAAAUUUCCGGGCGUCAUCAGUUGUUUUCUAAUUUGUCGGCCAAAGUUUUACCGUUUUUGACUCGCAGUCGGGAGUCGAGGGCGGCCGAUAAAAAUCAUUUCAAGGGCCACAAAUGGCCCCCAGGCCACACUUUGGACGCUUCCUACAUCCUGAUGAAAAGUUACUCGUAACCCAGUUUUGUCUUCAAGCGUAUUAAGAUAUUUGCUCUAAAGCGAACCAAAAAUACUUCAGAUGUGAUGAGCUCAUGGAUCUCUGUUGGUUUAACCAGGUUUAUUGUUGCUCUUCAUGUCUGCCUGUGUGAUUAGUGCAGGCAGGAACCGACAUGCAGACACACACACAGGACUGGAGGUUUAAGGAGCUUGGGCCAACUGUGAAGUCAAAGCUUGGAUUUCGGGCACACACACACACACCCACACACGCCCACAUGCCCUCACACACACGCCCUCCUCCUAUAUUCACUAUGAUAAUCCUGAGUUCUCUCUUCCUCUCGGCUGGCUGCUUUAUCUCGGCGUUCUCUCCUCACGCCGUCGCCCUCAUCCCUCCGCUCCCUCAGUCGAAGAAGAAAACAGCUUUAGAUCUCCUUUUAUUCUCGCUCUGCUCCACUCACCCAGGGACAACCGGCAGAACAAAACGGGGUCAGCGUCGGGUUAUUAAUUAAUGCGUCGAGUCAAAAAUGAACGCGGCCCUUUGUGUGUGUUUGCUGUCAUGUGCGGAGGCGGGCGGGGCGGGGAGGGUGACGCCGCCGCCUCUGGCUUCACCUAGUAGUGACUCGGUUGUAACCAGAGCUGUUUCUCAAUGAAUAUUUCAUCGCCAUGGGAGACCGGCACGUCGGCUGUGCAGUUGGUGCCUCUCUGUACAAUGGAGCUGAUUUUUGUUUUCCCUCUUGAUUGUGGCCAUUCAUAAGAACCCACUCAGGAGCCCUUUCUUUGUUCAGUCAAUAAUUAGCGGCGCGUUGUGUUUCCGUGCUCAGUUUACCGGGAGAGGUCUGGCAGUGUGAGGCUUUUUAAUGAUAAGGAAAUUAAAGGUGAGGAUUUUUGGAAGAACCAGCAGAGUAACGUCAGGGUUUCUCCCCAGAAGGGCCUGCUGAGCCUGGCAGCAGGACGCUCCACCAGCUGCCUGAUGUGUUUUUGAGUUCAAAAAUGUGAAAAGUUGGGGCGUGCUGUGGUGGCGUAGGGGAUAACGUGACCCACGUUUGGAGGCCUUGAGUCCUCGACGCCUUGAGUCCUUUGCCGACAUCCCUCUCUCCUUCCCCCUUUCCUGUCUGCCUACUUUCAUAUAAGGGACACUAGAGCCCACAAAAGACCCCCUGGAGGGGAGAAAAAAAAAAGUGAAAAGUUGCAAAAAUUUGUAGGUGAACGAGCAGGCAUCAGAACUUGGAAAUAAGAGCGUGUGAGGCCAACAGGAAGUUUGAUUUUUCCUUACCUUUUGUAUUAUUAGAUGAUCCAGUUUCAAUAAAUGAUCAGUUUAUCUUCGGGCAUUAGCAUAUACUUUGCAGAGAUGCUAACAACUCUCUAUGAGCCUCCGUAUUCUUGGUUUAUACGUCUUAAACCCAUAAUACAUAAGAUUACACAAGUCCAAAGUACUGCAGUACUCCCUUUGUAAACAAUAUACCAUGAUAUGGUUCACAUAAAGUUCAAACCUAGCAAAGUCCUUAAAGGAAAGCUGAUUGGAACUGAUCAGAAUCUCAGCUGCAGACCAAGUUCAACUAAAUCAGAUGUUUCUAAUUUUAUGUAUCAGCUGCAGGAAUCAACUGCUUGCUGCCUAAGUGCACGAAAACAUCGCCACUGGCUUUUGAAAACAUACAGUACGUGUCAUUCAUCAUGUGACAGUAUGUUAAACUGGUGUCCCUACAGAAAGAACAACAUUCAGCCCAGUUCUUUAGGUCCAUGUGGAAUACGUCACCAGACCUGUCUUACUUCCAGAGUUUCACUCUUAUAGAGUAAAAUAUUGCAGUCACAUCCUGAUCUGUGACAGUUUAGAAGGUUGUUGGUCUACAGUUUUUAGCGUAAUAGCUGUAUCCUUUUUUUUCCCCCCUAAUCAAUCCUAAUCAGCAUCCAAAGCAUCCAUGUUUGACUCUUGACGAGUUCAGGAUAAUGUAGUGUUGGUUUUCAGAGAACAUUCUUCCACAUGCUUGCUGUGUCUCAUGCAGGCUAACAGCAGCUAAUAGUUGUUCUGUCUGCAGAUUUUUUCACCUGAGCUGCGGAUCUCUGCAGCCCCUCCAGAGUUAUCAUGGGUUUCUUGGCUGUUCUUGCCUGGCCUGUCACUCGCUGCGUUUCAGUUGACCAUAAAAUUAUGCAAAUUGGAAUUCUGAAAAUAAAUUUGCCUAAUGGAAACAUGACAAUUUUGAUAAAAGACUCUUUUCAAUAAAAACUUUUUGCGCUACUAUCAACAAGGUGGUUUUUCAGUUUUAAAAUUGGUGUAUUUUGUAAAACUGCAAUGGAAACACAAGUUCAUAUUCAGCAUCGACGGCAUUAUUUAUGGGCACUACUUGGACAUUGCGCAGCUAGCUCCACCAGAGGCCUCAUGACAGAAUUCAUCAAAAGUUAAGUUUCUUCGUAUUGAAUAUGUUGCUUUUCUGUAAAACCAGCAACUACAGUUUUCCCAAAACGCUGCGUGCUUGGGGGGUUGUUCCGUCAGACCGUCAGUUCCCAAAACCACACAAAGAAACGCCUCAUAAAAACGCAAACAGGACCGGUGCGACCACGCCAGACCACGCACAGGGUGAAAAGCUCGGGGUCCAAAUGAUCCCCUCCCUUAAGACCGUGGGAGCGUCAAUAGAAACAGUUUUAUUUUGCUUGGUUCAAAGAGGUACAGUAGUUAUGAUCCUACCCUGCUUUUGACGACUCGCUGCACAUCCUACUGUUUGACUUCCUUAACCAGAACCUGAAUAAGAAGCUUGAUGUUCUUCACAGCUGAAUAAAAAGGCAUCUAGUGAAACAUGCUACCUUAUAUAUACAUUAAAAAAAAGCAACCCAGCUCCUGUUUGCCUUCCCAGCAUGCUUCUGCGUAGGUGGCCAUGUGUUUCUGUUUCUGUAAACACCGCCAGUGACUGGACUCGUCGGCCGCCGUACGGACGGCUCGGCCGCCGAGUGGGAGGGAGAGGAGAUGGGAGGCCUGACCCCUCUGGGUGACUCAGCGGAUGCAGUAAUCAGCAGCGCCCCUCUGAGUCUCCGGCACAAACGGGGAGGUUAGCGGCGAGGCGCUUUUUCAGCCGCUUUCAUCUGCGCGUCUGUUCAGCGUCGUUCCAGGUUCAGAUCUGCUGCUCUGCUCGGCUGAAAGUUCUGCCAGCUUUCCGAGUGUGUGUGUGUGUGGGGGUGGGUGUGUGUGUGUGUGUGUGUGUGUGGGGGUGUGUGUGUGUGUGUCGGAUGGCUCUGCUCGUACUCAGCAGCUUUAUUAACCAAUGUUCUGUAUGUUUUAUCGUAAACUGGAGGGACGCCUGCAAUAAUGUGUUUUUUUUUCAUCACAUGCAAAUUUGAUCAUGUUUUAUAUAUUAUUUGUGUUGUAUAAUUAAUGUUUGAAUGCCGGACUUUUUCCCAUAAAGCUAUUGUUUUCGGGGGACUUUUUGUCUUUUUUUUUAAACGACCAAAAGAGAAAUAUAUUAUUGUUUCAUUGUGUUUUUAUGACCAUCCUUCAUUGUGUUUUAUUAUCCACAGUAUGGCACUAUGCUGGUGAAAAAUGACUAACGUAAGCACUGUGCAAUUUCCCCCUUUUUUUUCUUUUUUUUUUACAAUGAUGUAUUAAGAAAUGUCUUUGCUGUUCUCUUUACAUACAGUCUGCACUUGUCAGUGAAUAAAUUGAGGGUAGUCUCAGCCUUUGUAACAAUAACUUCUCUUGAUUGUGUUGCUUUAACAUUCACAAAUGGCUUCUCUCCCAGAGAAAGAUGCAUAAUUAAAGGCAAACAAUGAAUAUCUUA